GCCGACAGAAAACGAUAUGCUUACACCUUUUUGUCCUUGCAAUGCCAUGAAAAACAUUUUGAGGUUUUCUUCAGAACGAAGCAAUGCCAUCAUGUGUAAUCCUCUUUAUGAUCCAAGGUCAAACAGUGCUGUAAUAAUUUUGUGUAGGAUUGAUUGAAAAUACAUGUUUCAACACCUGAGAAUAAGAAAGUGCUUGGAUUUUGCUUCAAUCAAUGAUCAGUGUCUGGAUUUGGUGGGCAACUCCUCUAGCUUAACAUAGUUUGUUCUAAAGGUGCAGCACAGGCCUAGCUCUUUUCACAUAAAAGCAUUUGAAGGAAAACUGAUGGAAAACUCAACUGGUGCAGGCCUUUUCACCAGACGUGUUGUGUUGCUGAAGGACAGUGAUUGCGUUAGGCUUGAUGGCAAAAUAUUAAUGCCAACGACCAUAGACAUGGCAAAAAUUAAAAAGCCAAGCACUGGACAGUACAACAAAAAUGUACAAUUUUCAAAAAGUAUGUCAGAAGAAUUGGUGAGGCAAACACUUCAGGAUGCAUUUCCUUUGUUUAACUUAACUGGAAGGUUUUAUUGCGCAUCCUAUGGCCAUAAAAGUACAGCUUUUAAUUUGCAUGGAAACCCUGGUGUUUGGGGUGGAAAUAUGAUUAACAAAACAGUGAGGGGUAACUCAGUCCUUUACAUUCUGUUGGAGGAUGAUCAGAUGCCACAAGAAUCACCACAUGUAACCAAUGGGACUGCACCCAGCUCAGCACCAGUUGCUUCGGAAAAUGUCAACCAACCUACCUUGAGUAAUACAAGUGGGAUAGUCAUGUCUCAGAAUAAUUUGCAACCCUGGAGUGACAAUUUAUUGCACGGAUGUACCAGCUUCCUUCCAGGGCCAUCUGCAACCAGCAAAAAUGUUGAUAUGAUGAAACCACAAAACAUAGCAGGCACAGUGUCAUUUCAAGGCUUGAACCAGUCUACAUAUGCCUCAGAUAAUACAAGUAGAACAAUUACAACUCAGUAUGACAUACCACCCUGCAGUGGCUUUCAAGUUCAAGAAAGCAGCAUCCCACAUCUAGGGUCAUCAGCAGCCAGCACAAAUUUUAAUGUGACAACAUCACAAGAAAUCACAGCGACAGUUGCCUUGCCUAACUUAAUGAACCAAUCUACCUUGAGUGAUGCAAGUGCAACAAUCAUGGCUCAGAGGGACUGGCAACCCUCAAAUGACUUUCCCAUGCAAGAAGUCGACCAGUUUCUUCCAGGGCCAUCUGCAGCCUGUGCAAAUGUUGAUAUGAUAACAUCACAAACCAUAGCAGCUGCAGCAGAUGGAGAUCCAGACUUUACAACAUUGAUGGAUCUAUGGCCUGAAGAAAUGCCAGGUCUUUUUGACAAUGACGAAACAGGGACUUCAGAUAUCAGCAAUAUUCAACCCCCUAAUCAAGGAAUCUUGUUGAAUUCUCUUGAGAGUUUUGACUGCCCUGCCGAUGAUGACGGUUCAACCAGCGGUGUAUGUGAUCACAACUCCUCUUCAGAUGAUCUGUCAACACAUGAAGAUGAGCACUUUAACUUCAGUGUCGAGCCGAAUAAGGUUCCCCUGAAGGGUGCAGGUUGUUGUCGCUUUGAAUCCGAUCGAGCGUUGCCAGAGAACGUGCAGUCUGGAUUUGCUAGCUUCGAGAAUCUGGAAACAGUUGAAGUGUAUAGAUUAAUGGAUAAAUUCCUCAUUGGAAUGAAGAUUCCACCUGCCCAAAAGCCAGGCUGGGUCAAGAUUUUUUUAAAGAAAGCUGAUGGUAAAGCGUUGGGCAAAACAGUUAUUCUAUAUUAUGAUGAAGAACUCGAGGCCCUCGAGGUGGUGGUUCAAAGCCCCAGGUUACAGGCGCAUCUUUUUCGAAAAUGGGCUGAUAGUUUGGAAAAUCAUAACACUGCAACAUCCAAUGGGGGUGAAGCACAAAAUUUUGGAAUUUGUGGUUCUAGACAGCCAGUUCAGAUGCUAUGCGUCUUAGUUUACACUGCAGCAGAAAUUGGUGGCCAAAGAUUCAUUGAAAUGAUCUUCAACUCUUCCGCCGGAAGAGUAGUUUAUGACCUUUACAAAGACAGGUCAGCUCUUCCUGAAGCUAUUGCCAGAGAGUGUGGGCAUGAGAAGAAAGCAAUUUACGUUGAGGAGAUAACUAAAAGAUUUUCUAAAGAGAGUGACGCCCCAAACUACCCACAGACAAUCGACUGGUCUGAGCUUGUGAGAGCUGCGGAGGAAGCGCAAAAGCAGCUCGGUCUCAGCAGUGAAGAAAAAAGCAAUCAUCUUGAAAGUAAUGUUGUCAAGGACACUGGUUAUGUGGGAGACAUCGACACCUCGUCUAACGAAUCUUGCGAGAGCGUAAGCUCCGAGUCUGAAGAUAACAUUCCUCUGGCGACUUCUAAAGAAAUGGAUUACCUUGUAGAUGAGCUCAGCGAAAAUGCAUUGGUACAUGAGGAUCGGAAAUUUGUAAUCAAGAAGGCUGCUGCGGGCCAAAGUUUGAUGUUUGGACAUUUUAACCGAGAGCAAGUAACUUCUAGAGUGUCCAACAAAGUUAUGUUACCGACCUUAAAAGGAAGGAAACUCUCCCUUUUUCAAGAUAGCUUCCUUCUAGAAGCCCACGACUUGAAACACCUGAAAGGUCUUAAAAAAUGUGAUACUUCCUUUUUCUUUGCCUCAGAAGCGGAAGAACUCUUAACAACGUCAGAUAAUCCGGAGUUAGCUGUUCAGUGGAAUACGACUCAAGGGUCAACAAAACAUUCUACUUCCAAUGUAUGGGUGUUGACGUGUUUGUACCGUCCAGCGAGGAAUAUUCUGUUUGUAUAUGUUGCAGAUAACAGUGAUGUUUUCCCUCACAAAGCGUAUUUCGAUGAUGAUGGAUACGAAUUGUCAACCCAGCGCUGGCAGUGGCAGCGAUACAGCGGCAGUUUAUUUAAUAUCCAGAGUAGGCUACAAGAAUUGCGGAAACUAUCAGAGCAAAUGAGACCAGAAUUCGGCCCGACCCCUCUUCCUACGUGCAGUGCAAAG